AUGGGGUUCGGUCCGCUAGAAACCCAGCACACGCGUAUGCGUAUCAUGCUUACGCGUCCAAGCAGUGCAUUGAUUUUGUUGCUGCUGGAUGCCUGCAUCUGGUUGCAGCGUACGGACGUGGUCGAUUUCAGAAACCGGGUUCAAGACAUCCCAUCGCAGUUCAUCUACGACGUGUACGAUUUCGUAGUGGUUGGUGGUGGCAGUGCGGGAGCAGCAGUAGCGGCCCGUCUGUCCGAGGUGUGCGAUUGGAAUGUGCUUCUGCUAGAAGCCGGUACCGAUGAAACGUUUCUCAGUGAUCUACCGUAUCUGUAUCCGGCGCUACAGAAAGGUCCUCUCGAUUGGCAGUUUGAAACGGAACCUAACGAACGCUUCUGCCAGGGAAUGCGCGGUAAUCGGUGUAGUUGGCCGCGCGGCAAAGUUCUCGGUGGUUCUUCCGUGUUGAAUGCGAUGAUGUACGUGCGCGGUAACUCGGAAGAUUAUGACGAAUGGGCAAGCCUUGGUAAUGUGGGAUGGAGUUGGCGCGAUGUUCUACCGUACUUUGUGAAGAUGGAAAAUGUUCGUGAUCCAAAAAUUGCUUACCGACCGUAUCACGGCACAACGGGACCGAUGACGGUGGAACUUUUUCGUAACUAUUCGUCACUGCAGGCAAUGUUUCUGGAAGCGGCUCGUGAAUUGGGUAUGACACUUUCGGACGAAAUUAAUGGACCCGAUCAGCUGGUUUUUGCACCGUUGCAUGGUUCGAUUCGAGAUGGAUUACGGUGUAGUACGGCUAAGGCUUACCUGCGUCCGGUAGCGAACCGCAAGAAUCUGCAUAUCUCAAUGGACUCGAUGGUGGAAAGGAUACUGAUCGAUCCGAAGGAUCGUCGUGCUUAUGGUGUUCUGUUUCGCAAAGGUAACAGGCGUCAGUUGGUGCUAGUGACGAAAGAGAUCAUUCUGUCUGCGGGUGCGCUCAACAGUCCCCACCUGCUGAUGCUAUCCGGCGUUGGACCUAGGGAUCAGUUACAGCGGCACGGAAUACGAGUGAUUCAGGACCUGCCCGGGGUUGGACAAAAUCUGCAAGAUCAUGUGGCUGCUGGUGGAGGUGUGUUCUUGAUUAAAAAUCCUAAAGGAAAUGUACCACUUUCGGUACGUUUGCUCGAGGUGAACGAUGUGUCAACUGCUCGCGAUUUUCUCUUUCGCAAUCAGGGUCGGCUCGUUGCGAUGCCUUCCUGUGAGGUGAUGGGAUUCAUUAACACCAAGUACAACAACCCAGACAGCCGGCGGGGUGACGUGCAGAUCUUCAUGUCAGCACAGUCAGACAUUUCGGACGGUGGUACGGAAGGUUUAGCAGGGGCAGGACUUACGUAUGAUUAUUAUGCGCGUAACUUUGAAUCAUGGGUGUAUCAUGAUUCGUUUCUUAUCAUGCCAUUGCUAAUGCGGCCCGAGAGCCGUGGAUGGCUCGAACUGGGCAGUGCAGAUCCGUACGAUAAGAUUAAGAUCUAUCCAAACUAUUUCGCCGUUGAACGAGAUCUGGACAUUCUGGUUGAAGGACUCAAGUUUGGAGUUCGUGUGGCGGAGACGUCCACAAUGAAGAGGAUCAACGCUACGUUUAUCUACGACGUUGAGCAUGGUGACACGUGCCACGGAAUCACCGGUGAUGACUUCUUCAAAUGUCUCAUACAACACUACUCGCAGACUAUCUACCAUCCGUCGGGCACAGCAAAGAUGGGUCCCGCUACCGACCCAAUGGCGGUGGUCGACAGUCAGCUACGGGUACACGGCAUAGGCGGGAUGCGUGUAGUGGACGCCAGCAUAAUGCCGACCAUCACAACCGGAAAUACCAACGCGCCUACGAUCAUGAUUGCAGAGCGGGCAGCCGAUUUAAUCAAAUAUGCGCAUUUGCCGGCGUUGGUGCGCGAAGAGCAUUAUCGGCAGUGUGACAGCAUCGACUACCAAUAUCACCCAACACGCACCAACACGGUGACACGUGUUACACACACAGCCAAAAAGGUGCCUUAA